CUCGCAUCGAAGCUAGCACUUCAUUCCACGAGAACAGCAACCAUGCUCUCCACGCUCGCCGCCUCGGCCCUCGGCCUCAACAUCGGCGCCACGCCGGCGCCCUCAAGCUCGCGCGGCGCCGUCUCGAUGGACCUCGGCCGCCCGCUCCGCGUCGCGGUCGUCGGCGGCGGCCCGUCUGGCGCCUGCGCUGCAGAGAUCUUUGCCAAGGCGCCGAAUAUUGAUUGCACUCUGUUCGAGCGCAAGAUGGACAACUGCAAGCCGUGCGGCGGCGCGAUCCCGCUGUGCAUGGUGGACGAGUUCGAGCUCCCCCCCGAGAUCGUCGACCGGCGCGUGCGCAAGAUGAAGAUGAUCUCGCCCUCUGGCCGCGAGGUUGACGUCGGCCGCACGCUCAAGGAGAACGAGUACAUCGGCAUGACGCGGCGCGAGGUGCUGGACGCCUACCUGCGCGACCGGGCGGUGGAGCUGGGCGCGAAGCCCGUCACCGGCCUCGUCCAGAAGGUCGAGUUCGAGGACGCCAACGGGCCCUACACCAUCAAGUACAGCGAGUACAAGCCGGGCGAGAAGAAGGGCACGCCGUCCGAGGCCGAGUUCGACAUCAUCGUGGGGGCGGACGGCGCAAACUCGCGCACGGCCAAGGCGAUCGACGCGGGCGAGUACAACUUCGCCAUCGCCUUCCAGGAGCGCAUCAAGAUCCCCGACGAGAAGAUGAAGUACUAUGAGGACCUCGCCGAGAUGUACGUCGGCGACGACGUCUCGCCCGACUUCUACGCGUGGGUCUUCCCCAAGUACGACCACGUCGGCGUCGGCACCGGCACCGUCGUCAACCGGCCCGCCAUCUCCGAGUACCAGGCGGCGAUCCGCGAGCGCUGCGCCGACCGGCUCGGCCCCGACCCCAAGGUGAUGAAGGUGGAGGCGCACCCGAUUCCGGAGCACAUGCGGCCGCGCCGCGUGGUUGGGCGCGUGGCGCUCGUGGGCGACGCGGCGGGGUACGUGACAAAGUGCUCGGGCGAGGGCAUCUACUUUGCGGCCAAGUCGGGCCGCAUGGCUGCGGAGGAGAUUGUGGCGCUGACCGCGGGCGGCACGCGGCUGCCGACGGAGAUGGAGAUCAAGGACACGUACCUGAAGAAGUUUGACGCGGCGUACGGGCCAACCUACCUGGUGCUCGACAUCCUGCAAAAGGUGUUUUACACCAACAACGGCGCGCGCGAGGCGUUCGUCGACAUGUGCGCUUCCGACUACGUGCAGAAGGUGACCUUCGACUCGUACCUCUACAAGAAGGUGCAGGGCAACGACCCGAUCAACGACAUCAAGCUGCUGUUCAACACCAUCGGCUCCGUCAUCAAGGGCAACGCAAUCGCAAAGCCCGACCGCACCUUCUCCAACCCCGUCGAGUCGCUCAAGCGCUUGUGAGCGCGCGGGGCGGGGACGCUCAGCGGCACGAGCGCACGCGCGCUCUGCGGCUGAGCUGCAGCAGCUGAGCGGCCGCGGUGCGCGGCCGCGACCAUACACUCACGAUGAUGCCGGCCGCCGGAUGGGAGGCGGCGCCGAGCGCGCGGCCGGCGCCACUCCGGCGAACACCGUACUACAUGCGCACUAGCACGAUUGCGAUAUUGUCCAUGUAACCGUGGCACCCGUAGAGAGUCAUUAGCACUCACGUAGAGCGCCACGCGCAUGUGGCUCUUAUUCCGUCGGGGUGUGCCGCCUGUCUUGUCGAAUGAGUUUUGGGAGUAUUUCGAGAGUAAUCUGUGAGCGUCAAGAAAGACAUAUCUGUGAAAAAGAGAAAACAAG